CUUUCAGUCUUUCGAUACCAUUGCUUGUGGCACUAAACCCGCCUCUGUCGCUCUUUACCUUUGAAUCUAUAUAUCAUCAUGGGAGCUAACUUGUCAAAGGCACUCGGCAGAUUGUUCGGCAACAAGGAGAUGAGGUUGCUGAUGCUUGGCCUUGACGCUGCGGGGAAGACAACUAUUCUUUACAAACUCAAAUUGAACCAGUCCGUGACCACCAUACCUACGGUUGGCUUCAACGUGGAGACCGUCACCUACAAGAAUGUGAAAUUCAAUGUCUGGGAUGUUGGAGGCCAGGACAAGAUCCGACCGCUGUGGAGACAUUAUUACACAGGCACCCAAGGGCUUGUGUUCGUCGUCGACAGCCAAGACCGAGAGAGAAUCGACGAAGCAAAGCAGGAACUGCAUCGCAUAUUGAGCGAUAGAGAGAUGAAGGAAUGUCUAUUACUCGUGUUUUCGAACAAACAGGACCUUCCCGGAGCUAUGUCUCCUGCCGAGGUAACAGAAAAAUUGGGUCUCCACCGCAUGCGGGAUCGCUCGUGGUAUGUCCACCCAAGUUGUGCCACGACGGGUGAAGGAUUGUUCGAAGGCCUUCAGUGGCUGAACCAGAACGUGAAGAAACGCCAGCCAUGAACGAUACAGCAGAAUACGCAAGACCUUGAUACCCUCGUCCAUACCACCUACUUCGAUUCAGCUGUGUCUUCGCCUCUCGUUGACACCCACGUUAUGCUCUCUAUUAUGGCCUGCACGACUCUGCAUGUAUGACAGACUACCUAUUCUAUGUCUGAGCUUCUUCAUUCAGCCCUGCCCUUUUUUCUUGCUCUGUUCUAGAUUCAUCUGAGCGCUUUUCUGUUCUUCGGGUGUCUUUAUCUCUACAUCUUAAUGGAUAGUUUUGCUCUUUGAUGUGACGAUAUAUUCCUCUUCAUACAUGAUUACCGUAUAAUUCGCCAUAUGGGCAUAGCGAGCAAUGAGGAUAUCGAUAACCCGCAUUAUAAUUAAAUUCACUUGCCAAGUCUCACUGUAAAUUAUAAUACCCAGGAAUAUAGACACAUGAUGACCU